CGGGCGCGGAGCCUCCAAGAUGCCGUUCCACCCGGUGACGGCGGCGUUGAUGUACCGGGGCAUCUACACCGUGCCCAACCUGCUGUCGGAGCAGCGCCCCGUGGACAUCCCUGAGGACGAACUGGAGGAGAUCCGUGAGGCCUUCAAAGUCUUUGACCGCGAUGGCAAUGGCUUCAUCUCCAAGCAGGAGCUGGGCACAGCCAUGCGCUCCCUGGGCUACAUGCCCAAUGAGGUGGAGCUGGAAGUUAUCAUCCAGCGGCUGGACAUGGACGGCGACGGCCAAGUGGACUUUGAGGAGUUUGUGACUCUCCUGGGACCCAAGCUUUCUACCUCGGGGAUCCCAGAGAAGUUUCAUGGCACUGACUUUGACACCGUCUUCUGGAAGUGCGACAUGCAGAAGCUGACCGUGGACGAGCUGAAGCGGCUGCUGUACGACACCUUCUGUGAGCACCUGUCCAUGAAGGACAUCGAGAACAUCAUCAUGACGGAGGAGGAAAGCCACCUGGGCACAGCUGAGGAGUGCCCCGUGGACGUGGAGACCUGCUCCAACCAGCAGAUCCGCCAGACGUGCGUGCGCAAGAGUCUGAUCUGCGCCUUCGCCAUCGCCUUCAUCAUUAGCGUCAUGCUCAUCGCAGCCAACCAGGUGCUGCGCAGCGGCAUGAAGUAGGCGCACGCGGUGCAUGGGGCCCCCUCUGCGCCCGCCACCGCCUGCAGUCCCCUCCCUCACUCGGCUCCCUGGGCCACCGCCGCGUGUACUUCAGGUCCUGGACAUUUGGCAACCCCACCCCACCCACCCUGUGGGCCC